AUGCCAAUCGUUUGCUUUGCCCGGGGACAACACACAGACGCUCCACUCACUCAGAGUCUCACGUCAUCACGCUGCGUAUUUCACAUCUCCAAACAACUUAAGCUCACAGAGCUAUCCACUCAGGGAAGAAGAAGCAUCAUAAGUGCUCACAAAAUGGUGGUUACUCCCUCCUCUGAGGCUACAUCGGAGUCUGACUCUUUAAACUAUCUUCCAGAUGAAGGGCCGUUUGCAGAAAAAUACUUACAUACUAUACUUCAAGCUCUUUGCAUCACCAUCCAGGUGGACUUUAAAAAAAUAAUAGCAGACUUUGACAAGGAUAUCACAGAGCAGGGGCACAGAACAAGUCAAUUUGAACAUAAACAGAUUAAUUUUCUACAGCAGACAAUGAAGUGGUAG